AAAGCAAGUAAACGCAUGACCUGCCAUAAGCGGUAUAAAAUCCAAAAAAAGGUUCGAGAGCACCAUCGAAAAUUGAGGAAGGAGGCCAAAAAACAGGGUCGCAAAAAGCCUAGAAAAGACCCAGGAGUUCCAAACAGUGCUCCCUUUAAAGAGGCUCUUCUUCGGGAAGCUGAGCUAAGGAAACAGCGACUUGAAGAACUAAAACAGCAGCAGAAACUCGAUAGGCAGAAAGAACAGGAAAAGAAAAGGAAACUUGAAACUAACCCUGGUGUUAAGGCAUCUAACUUGGAACCUGUGAACGAGGAAUUUGGGCAGCGUAAAGCUAAGAACAAAGCCAAGGCAGGCAAACAGAAUCCAAAGAAGUUGUAUUGUCAGGAACUUAAAAAGGUGAUUGAAGCCUCAGAUGUUGUGCUGGAGGUGUUGGAUGCCAGAGAUCCUCUUGGUUGCAGGUGUCCCCAGGUAGAAGAGGCCAUUGUCCAGGGUGGACAGAAAAAGCUGGUGCUUGUAUUAAAUAAAUCAGAUUUGGUACCAAAGGAGAAUUUGGAGAACUGGCUAAAUUAUUUGAAGAAGGAAUUACCAACAGUGGUGUUCAGAGCCUCAACAAAUCUGAAGGACAAGGGCAAGAUAAUCAAGCAUUUGAAGUUAAAGAAGAGAGCUCCAUUCAAAAAUGAAGUCUGUGUUGGGAAAGAAGGCCUUUGGAAGCUUCUUAGAAGUUUUCAGGAGACUUACGGCAAAGCCAUUCGGGUUGGAGUAAUUGGUUUCCCAAAUGUGGGGAAAAGCAGCAUCAUCAACACCUUGAAACAAGAACGGAUAUGUAAUGUUGGUGUAUCCAUGGGGCUGACAAGGUGCAUGCAGGUUGUCACCUUGGACAAACAGAUCACAGUCAUAGACAGUCCAAGCUGCAUCGUGUCUCAGCUUAACUCUGCCAGCACACUUGCUCUGAGGAGUCCAGCGAGUAUUGAAAUGGUGAAACCAGUAGAGGCCGCUAGCGCCAUCUUGUCCCAGGCUGAUGCUCGACAGGUAGUACUGAAAUUUACUGUCCCAGACUUUAAGAAUCCUCUGGAAUUUUUUACAUUGCUUGCUCAGAGAAGAGGACUGCACCAAAAAGGUGGAAGCCCAAAUGUAGAAGGUGCAGCCAAACUGAUGUGGUCUGAGUGGACAGGUGCCUCCUUAGGUUACUAUUGCCAUCCCCCUACAUCCUGGACUCCUCCUCCACAUUUUAAUGAGGGCAUCAUGACAGACAUGAAACAGGGCUUUAAUCUGGAAGAAUUGGAAAAGAACAAUGCACACAGCAUACACAGCAUCAGGGGCCCUCGUUCAGCCAGGAGCAUCCUUUUCCAGUCUUCAGGUCUAACAAAUGGAAUAAUAGAAGAAAAGGACAUUCCUGAAGAACUGCCAAGACAGAAGGAGAAACAGCAGGCGGAGGGGGAGGACCACAACGACCUUGACAGUGACCAGGAAAGUGUUGAUGAAGAAGCUGAUGUAAGAUUUCCUGAGAAAUGCUUAUAG